AUGUCAUCAGAAAGUCAAGAUGACCUGGCAAUUACAAACAAUCAAUUAAAACAAUGUCGAAUAUGUUUAGAUAAUGAUAAUCCUAAUGAUAUAAUUAGUCCAUGUUUAUGUAGUGGUGGUUCGGCUUAUGUUCAUAGAAAGUGUUUGAAUGAUUGGCGAUCAGAAAAUGCAGGUGGAAAAGUUUCAAGUUUUGUGAUAUAUGCCAAUUCGAAUACAUCAUCGAAACUGUUUUAA